AUGAAUACAAUCACCCAAGCAUUGGAAAUGGAAUUUACAAUUGAGAAUGGAAGUUACCCGCCUGAUCCUCCAGAUGAUAACACAAUGACCUUGCUCUUGCAGAUUUUUGCUUUAAUCAUUUCCCUAAGUGGCCUGGUUGCAAAUAUCAUUGUAUUCUGGCUUCUGGGCUUCAGAACAAGAAGAAACUCCUUCUCGGUCUACAUUUUCACCCUGGCAGGCAUUGACUGUCUUGUCCUAUUCCUGGAGAUUACAUUUCUGAUAAUAGGAUAUGCUACUUUCGGCCACCCCUCCCUUUAUUUCUUCACUGUUUUAUGGGUCUUUGCCUACACCACAGACUUGAGCAUUCUCAGUUGCAUUAGCAUUGAGCGCUGCCUAUGUGUCCUGUUCCCCAUCUGGUACCGAUGCCGACGUCCAAGACACAUGUCCACUGUCACAUGUGCCCUGCUCUGUAUUUUGUCUCUACUGUUGAGCAUUAUGCAUGGAUACACGUGUGGCCUUUUAUAUUAUUAUCUAGAUGGACACUGUAAGGCAGUUAAUUUUGUCUUUGUUGCAUGGAUGAUUUUCUUGUUUGUGGUUCUCUCUGGGUCUAGCCUGGCUCUGCUGCUGAAGAUGUUCUGUGGUUUCCACAGAAACAAACUGACGAGGUUCUGCAUGACCAUCGUGCUCACAGUGUUGAGUUUUCUCCUCUGCGGCCUGCCCAUGGGCAUUCAAUACUUCCUAAUUACCUGGAUUGCAUAUGAUUUUGAAAUAUUGCCUCGUCCCUGGCUUGUACUCCUUUCCUGUGUUAACAGCAGCAUCAACCCCAUCAUUUAUUUCUUUGUUGGUUCCUUUAGACAGCGACAGCGAUCCCUCAAGAUGGUUCUCCUGAAGGCACUGCAGGACACUCCUGAGGUGAUCGGAGCUGGAGGCAGCUCGCCUCAGGAAGCCAUGGAGUUAUCUGGAAGGAGUGUGGUGUAG